UAUAUAUUUUAAAUUUUAUUUUACAUUAAUUCUAAUAAAAUAUUUUUCAUUUUUUCUUUAUUUUUUAGAAGCCUAAUUUCAAUUUCAGCUAAUUCUUGAUUAGGAUGUUGAAUUGGAUUAGAAAUUAACUUAUUAAGAUUUAUCCCCCUUAUUUCAAACAAUAAAAAUCUAAUAAGAACAGAAGCUUCAUUAAAAUAUUUUCUAGUUCAAUCUAUUGCCUCUAUUAAUUUUUUAUUUAUUAUUUUAUUCAAAAUAUUUUUUAUAAAAAAUUUUGAAAUUAAUAAUUUAUUUUCAGUUAUAAUUAAUUCUUCACUUUUAAUAAAAAUAGGAGCUUCCCCCUUCCAUUUUUGAUUCCCUAAUAUUAUAGAAGGAUUAAAUUGAAUUAAUUGUUUUAUUUUAAUAUCAUGACAAAAAAUUUCCCCUAUAAUUCUUUUAUCUUACUAUUUUAAUAAUAUAUUUAUUAUAAUUAUUAUAAUUUUAAAUGUUAUUAUUGGAGCUAUUAGAGGAUUUAAUCAAACUUCUAUCCGUAAACUUAUAGCAUUUUCCUCUAUUAAUAAUUUAGGAUGACUAUUAGCAGCAAUAAUAAUUAGUGAAAAUUUAUGAUUUACAUAUUUCAUUUUUUAUACUUAUAUAAUUUCAAUUAUAUGUUUUUUAUUUUUUAUAAUAAAUAUUUUUUACCUUAAUCAAAUUAUUAACUUAAAUUUAAAUAUUUUUUUAAAAAUUUAUUUAUUUAUUAAUUUUUUCUCAUUAAGAGGAUUACCUCCAUUUUUAGGGUUUUUCCCUAAAUGAUUAGUUAUUAAUUUUUUAAUUUUUAAUAAUUUAUAUUUAAUUAAUUUUAUUUUUUUAAUAUCUAGUUUAAUUAUAUUAUUUUUUUAUAUUCGAAUUAUUUAUCUAUCAAUUAUAUUAAAUUCUUUUAAAUUAAAAUGAUUUAAAAUUAACAUCAAAAAUAAUUUAAUUAAAUUUAUUAAUUUAUUUUCGUUUAUUUCUUUAAUAGGUUUAAUUUUUAAUACUUUAUUUUUUUUAUAACUAAGGUUUUAAGUUAAAUUAAACUAAUAAUCUUCAAAAUUAUUUAUAAAGAAAUAUCUUUAAGCCUUAGUAAAUUUUACUCCUUAAAAUUUGCAAUUUUAUAUCAUUAUUGAAUAUAAGACCUAAAUUAAUAAAAGAGAAUUUUUCUCGUUAAUAAAUUUACAAUUUAUCGCUUAAACUCAGCCAUUUUAUUAGCGAAAAUGAAUAUAUUCAACAAAUCAUAAAGAUAUUGGAACUUUAUAUUUUAUUUUUGGUGUUUGAGCAGGGAUAAUUGGAACUUCAUUAAGAUUAUUAAUUCGUACAGAAUUAGGUAAUCCAGGUUCAUUAAUUGGAGAUGAUCAAAUUUAUAACACAAUUGUAACAGCUCAUGCUUUUAUCAUAAUUUUUUUUAUAGUUAUACCUAUUAUAAUUGGAGGAUUUGGAAAUUGAUUAGUCCCUUUAAUAUUAGGAGCCCCUGAUAUAGCAUUCCCACGUAUAAAUAAUAUAAGAUUUUGAUUGCUUCCCCCUUCAUUAACGUUAUUAAUUUCUAGAAGUAUUGUUGAAAACGGAGCAGGAACAGGAUGAACUGUAUAUCCCCCAUUAUCCUCUAAUAUUGCUCAUAGAGGAGCAUCAGUUGAUUUAGCUAUUUUUUCAUUACACCUUGCUGGAAUUUCAUCUAUUCUUGGAGCUAUUAAUUUUAUUACAACAAUUAUCAAUAUACGUAUUAAUAAUAUAUCUUUUGAUCAAAUACCUUUAUUUGUUUGAGCAGUAGGAAUUACUGCUUUAUUACUUUUACUAUCUUUACCAGUUUUAGCUGGUGCUAUUACUAUAUUAUUAACAGAUCGGAACUUAAAUACAUCAUUUUUUGACCCUGCAGGAGGGGGAGAUCCUAUUCUUUACCAACAUUUAUUUUGAUUUUUUGGUCAUCCCGAAGUAUAUAUUUUAAUUUUACCUGGAUUUGGUAUAAUUUCUCAUAUUAUUUCUCAAGAAAGAGGGAAAAAAGAAACUUUUGGUUCUUUAGGAAUAAUUUAUGCUAUAAUAGCAAUUGGAUUAUUAGGAUUUAUUGUAUGAGCUCAUCAUAUAUUUACAGUAGGGAUAGAUAUUGAUACUCGAGCUUAUUUUACUUCAGCUACUAUAAUUAUUGCUGUUCCUACAGGAAUUAAAAUUUUUAGUUGAUUAGCAACUUUAUAUGGAACUCAAAUUAAUUAUAGUCCUUCUAUAAUUUGAAGUUUAGGAUUUGUAUUUUUAUUUACAGUAGGGGGAUUAACAGGAGUAAUUUUAGCUAAUUCUUCUAUUGAUAUUAUUCUUCAUGAUACUUACUAUGUUGUAGCUCAUUUUCAUUAUGUUCUAUCUAUAGGAGCCGUAUUUGCAAUUCUUGGGGGAUUUGUUCAUUGAUACCCCUUAUUUACAGGAUUAACAUUAAAUCCUUAUUAUUUAAAAAUUCAAUUUAUUACUAUAUUUAUUGGAGUUAAUAUAACCUUUUUCCCUCAACAUUUUUUAGGUUUAGCAGGUAUACCUCGUCGAUACUCUGAUUACCCAGAUAACUAUCUUUCAUGAAAUAUUAUUUCAUCUUUAGGAUCUUAUAUUUCUUUAAUUGGAACAAUCAUAAUGAUAAUAAUUAUUUGAGAAUCUAUGAUUAAUAAACAUUUAAUUAUUUUUUCAAUGAAUAUACCUUCUUCAAUUGAAUGAUAUCAAAAUUUACCCCCAGCUGAACAUUCAUAUAAUGAACUCCCUAUUAUAAGUAU